GUAAAACUCAAGACUCAAGCCUCGUUCAAAGGAGAUGUGUGCACUCAUUGCCAUAUAAUCGUGGGAACGAUCCCAGUGAGAAACCCUUAUGUUGCACCACAACCGUCAGCACCAUCAAUGGACGUGCCACUGCCGUCGUCAAGCGAACAGCCUUCGGCACCACCGUUGGAUACGCCUCCACCUUAUCCAGUAGGUAACGGAGUCAAUGUUAAUCCACCGCCGCCACCCAGCUAUGAAGAAGCAGUCCAGGGAGUUAGUGGCACCACCAUGGAUACUGAUGAUAUGGAGCCGUUCGUCCCUCGAUAUCCGUUCUAUCCACAGUUGAAGGAUGUCGUUUCGGAAAAGUCAGCCAUCGAUGGAUCCGGCAAAACAUAG